AUGCAUUUUGUAACAUCAAAUGUUACUAGCGUCUUUUUUAUUAUUUUUUUACUUAUCUCACCAUUAAAGCUAAUUACGGCAACAACUUCGGAAAAUGAUAAGAAUAAUUCGAGUUUUCUUCAAAAAGUUUGCUCAAGACUGAAUCUUAACGAGGACCAGUGUUGUAUAUUAGGUAAAUCGAGCACAUUUCUUGGGUAUGCGGCAAUAGCAGGAGCUGUUGGCACAAUGGGUAUACCUGCUCUGCUCGGUACUAUGGGCUUUACUGCAACUGGCAUUGCUGGUGGGUCGUGGGCUGCUUGGUACCAAGCAACCUGGGGAGUAGGUACCGCCUUUUCAUGGUUGCAAAGUGUAUCGAUGACAGGUGCAGCUGCAGCGAGUGUAACCAAAAUAGGUCUUCUGGCAGGUGGUAUAAAAAGUUAUUUUUUUAGUGGCGAUUGCAAAAAGAACUCGGCUGAAGAUAAUCAAUGCUCAAAAAAAUGA